GGCUGCGAGGAUGAAAGGCAACUUUUCUUGAAAAGACGAUGCACGAUGCAAAAUUUGCAUCUCACGCAGCAAACCGAACAUCCCACUUUCUGUCGCAAUGACACAAAUACUGCCGAUUUGGGCGAAUGGGCGGGAGGGAAUACCAAAACGUUUUCCUGAUUAUGGACAUUGCACCUGAUUUCUACGCCUAUGGUCAUUAGUGGGUACUAUUGCAGGGGCCUUCUAAUGACACUAUGCAGGUCAGAGACGUCAGACCGCCUGAGGGCUAACGAGGCAGCUACGCCACUGAACUGAACGCAGCAUCUCUUGCUUAUCAGCAGGUGCAGCCGCCGCCGUCAAGGCCCUUUUAUCACAUUCGACUGAGAUUGCACAAACCGCUUGUAAUCAAUAAGGUCUUCUGCUAUAAGUCGUGAUAUCACAAUUUGAAGGUACGGGCCGCCAAGGGAUUGAUGGGCUAGAGGGGCUAGAGCUAGAGACCCUCGCGCCUGCGUUCCCGCUUCCCGCGGCGGAAGGAGAGGGGGUGGGGGCGACAGAUUGGAACAGCUGUCCAGUCCGUCCCCGAUGCCGUUACCAUGCCAACCCCAACCGCUUCAGCUGUGUUGUCAUACAGCAAAACAGAGAAAAACCAGACGACGAGACACCGAGACACGAGAUAAAUUUUCUUUCCAGAACCGCUUCAUGCAGCAUGGCCCGCAGCCAGGACUUAGCUCAGGCAAUGAGAACAGCUUUGGAGGAGAAUGGAGAUCUUAUCGAGUUGCAAGCACAGAUAGAAGAGGAAAUGCUGGAAGCUCUCACUCGCCUUCAGUCUGGGUCAAAUGAACAUAACUCACAAUAUUCUUUUUCAACAAAAAGAUGCAAACCAGCUAUGCCACCGGAGAUAAUUCUUGCCAACAAUUUGAUACGCCAGUAUUUAGAAGAAGUUGGCUUGAAGAGAACAUCUUCUGUGUUGUGCACAGAGAGUGGAUUACCCCAGAGUGCAGUGCCAGACACCGUUCUAAGAACAGCAUUUCCUUCACUUCAUUCCUCAGGAGCCAAGCCUCUACUAUGCAGUAUGAUACAGGACAUUUUGUUUAAAAGUGACGCAAAGCCAAUUUAGAUAAAAAAUAAAAUAAAGGAACAGUGAGUGGUCA